AUGCCCAUGGUCUGGUGGGAAGAAUGCUGCAGAAACGCCAACGGCUACUUUGGCGUCGAGGAAUUGGCGGAAUCGCCAAACCCCGCAGCGGAAAAGCUGUCCGGCUUGAAUUCAUGGGCUCGUUUUCAGGUCAAGGCAGUGUGGCAAGACGACGAGACGGACGGGAAAUCAAAGAGCAGAGAAAUCCUGUACGAUUGGGACAAAUUGAACGUGUUUUCCCGGUGGCACGGAGCCACCCACCACAUGGCGUUGGUCAUAUUCGACCCGCGCAGCGAUGAGUUGAAGAACAGCUUCACGUCGGCCGUCUUGGAGCCUCGACCAACGCCGGGGGAGCUCAGGGACCCAUUCUGGAUCUACCCGCGGCUGAUCCAGAAGAUGGUCGAUCUGGAGGAGACGUCCAUCUGGGCAACCCGCAAACUCAUCCGGGACGUGGAGAAGAAGAGGGACAAGCAGGAGAAGAAGAGGCAGUCUCUGGAUCCCGAGUACUCGUGGUUGCAUGAAAUCUCGCGCCAUGCAGCCCACGUCUCAGAAACACUCCGGGUCGGUGCCGUGUCCGUGGAGAGCAUCCAAAAGCACCAUGAGCAGUUUCUCGAACUUCAUGGCAAGUCGGACAGUGGGCAAAUUUCGAUGGCUUCCCGCAACAUCCGCAACCGCCUGGCGUUUUGUCACCACAUGUUCAAGAGCGGUGCACACCGGGCGGAGGCGAACAACGCUCGGCUGCAGAGCGAGGUCACUCUGGCGUUUAACAAGGUGUCGCAGGAGGAUUCGAACGUGUCUGUUCAAAUCGCCCACUACACCAGGAACGACAGCGCGGCCAUGCGCACCAUCGCGGCGGUAACCAUGCUGUUCCUGCCCGCGACAUUCAUCUCAGCCAUCUUCAGCACGUCAUUCUUCAAUAGCGACGGUGGGGUUUGGAAAGUCUCGGGCAAGUUCUGGAUAUUCUGGGUUGUUGCGGGCGUGGUCACUCUCCUCUCAUUUGUUGUCUGGGCAAUCCUUCAGCCGUACUUUCGGCCGAAGCCAAUCAAUCCUACUGACCGUGGUUACCGGGAGUCAACGCUGGAGUGA